GUGUGCUGCUCUUGUGCACAUGUAGAGAGGCGUCACAGUUCCAUUUCUGGCGUCAUUAUCAUGAGGUGUGAAUUAUGCUCCACACCGAGUAGGUUGGGGAGCUCUUCAGCCUCUGAGUGCAGGUGCUUCUGUGCCUCUCUCUCUCUCUCUCCCUCCCUCCCUCUCUCUCACACUCUCUCUCCCUCCCUCCCUCCCUCCCUUGUUUCUUUUCUCUCUCCUCCCCUUCUCCCUCUUCAUCCUCUCUGCCGCGUAUUGAUUGGUCAGAUAUUUCUACCCAGCGAAAAUGCAAGUUGCUGAGUGAGAGUCAGUCCCACACAGGCUGCGGAGCUCUGCCGGUGCUUUUGUCCUGUUCUGUUUACGGAUGCUUACGGCUGGACACUAGCUACCCGCCUCUCGUCCUCGUCCCUCUCGUCUCCCGGAGGAGCGGCAGGACGCUGGCAAAGAGGACGGCUUUGUAUGGACUCUUAUUCUAAAGCUUUAGCCCCCAAGAUACUGCUGUGUGAGGAGGAGCAGAGGUACCAACUUUAGCCUUUAGCCUUUAGCCUUUAGCCUUUAGCCUUUAGCCUAGCGGCUUGACCAGAGCAGCUUGUCCCUGUGAGAAGACUGUGAGAAGGCUAACUCACGUUAGCCUGGCUAGUGUGGAACUCCAGUAGAAGUUUUUGUCUGGCGUGGGCGAAGGUGACGGCUCGAGACUCAGCGUCCGGCGUGGGCGAAGGUGACGGCCCCGAGAUUCAGCGGUGCGCGCCGCGUGGAACUCCAGUAGUAGUUUUGUCCGGCUGGGGCGAAGGUGACGGCCCCAAGACUCAGCGUGGCGCGCCGCGGUGCGGUCACUGAGCCGGCCGGGGCUGGCAUCGCCCGCGGCAACAUGCUGGCUCCACUGAGCCCUCCAGCCCAGCAGGACCAACACAACCACCACCAUCAUCACCUUCAUCCACCACCACCACCACCACCACCAUCAGCGGCCUGGUCAUCUCAGUCCGCAGGCCCAUCGCAGGUGCUGCCACCAGGCUACUACUACUGCUGCUGCUGCUGCUGCUGCUGCCACCGACUCCGCUGACCACCAGUGUCCACUAGAGACGGAGCGCUCGCUGGCCUCCUCUCGCCUGCGUUCGCCCCUGGAACUCACAGGAGGAAGUGACCGUAAAGGAGAUCAGCAUCACACACCAUGUUAAGGAAGGCUCGGAAAAGGGCGACCCACGCCAGUUUGAGCUCCGCAAAGUCCUGGGACAGGGAUCUUUUGGAAAGGUGUUUCUGGUGAAGAAGGUAACUGGACCCGAUGCAGGGCAGCUCUAUGCCAUGAAAGUGUUGAAGAAAGCUACCCUCAAAGUUCGUGACCGGGUGAGGACGAAGAUGGAGAGAGACAUCUUGGUUGAAGUGAACCAUCCCUUCAUCGUCAAACUACACUAUGCAUUCCAAACAGAAGGGAAGCUUUAUCUGAUCCUAGACUUCCUUCGAGGAGGGGAUCUUUUUACUCGCCUAUCAAAAGAGGUGAUGUUCACAGAGGAGGACGUCAAGUUCUACCUGGCGGAGUUGGCCUUGGCCCUGGACCACCUGCAUGGGCUGGGCAUCAUCUACAGAGACCUCAAACCCGAGAACAUCCUUCUGGAUGAAGAGGGGCACAUCAAGCUGACUGAUUUUGGCCUCAGUAAGGAGUCCAUUGACCAUGAGAACAAAGCCUACUCUUUCUGCGGGACGGUGGAGUACAUGGCCCCAGAGGUGGUCAACAGGAGAGGCCACACCCACAGUGCGGACUGGUGGUCGUACGGCGUCCUCAUGUUUGAAAUGCUAACCGGCACAUUGCCAUUCCAAGGCAAGGAUCGCAAGGAAACGAUGACCAUGAUUCUGAAGGCCAAGCUGGGGAUGCCGCAGUUCCUAAGUCCAGAAGCUCAGAGUCUCCUGAGGAACCUGUUUAAGAGGAACCCGUCCAACAGACUCGGCGCUGGCCCAGACGGAGUGGAAGAGAUUAAGAGACAUUCAUUCUACUCCAACAUAGACUGGAAUAAAUUAUUCCGACGAGAGAUCCAUCCACCGUUUAAACCUGCUGCAGGCCGCCCUGAUGACACGUUCUAUUUUGACCCAGAAUUCACAGCGAAAACUCCCAAAGACUCCCCAGGUGUGCCUCCCAGUGCCAACGCUCACCAGCUCUUCAGAGGCUUCAGCUUCGUGGCCAUCACCUCUGAAGACGAGGGUCAGCCACUGCCCAGCAGCAACAUGAGCUCCAUAGUCCAGAUGCCUCAGCUGCACAGAAACACAUCCCAGUUUGCCGAGGCAUACGACAUGAAGGAGGACAUCGGCGUGGGCUCGUACUCCGUCUGCAGACGCUGCGUCCAGAAGAGCACCGGCAUGGAGUACGCCGUCAAGAUCAUUAAUAAGGCCAAGAGGGACCCUGCUGAGGAGGUGGAGAUUCUGCUGCGCUACGGUCAGCAUCCCAACAUCAUCACUCUCAAAGAUGUGUACGAUGACGGCCGCUCAGUUUACCUGGUGACGGAGCUGCUGAAGGGUGGAGAGCUGCUGGACAAGAUCCUCAGACAGAAGUUCUUCUCGGAGAGGGAAGCCAGCGCCGUCCUACACACCAUCACCAAGACCAUGGAGUACCUACACAGUCAAGGGGUGGUGCAUAGAGAUCUGAAGCCCAGCAAUAUUCUUUACGUGGAUGAACUGGGCAACCCAGAGUCCAUCCGGAUUUGUGACUUUGGAUUUGCGAAGCAGCUCCGUGCAGAGAACGGCCUUCUGAUGACGCCAUGCUACACCGCUAACUUCGUCGCUCCAGAGGUGCUGAAGAAGCAAGGCUAUGAUGCAGCCUGCGACAUAUGGAGCCUCGGAGUUCUGCUGUACACCAUGUUGACAGGCUUUACUCCAUUUGCUAAUGGCCCGGAGGACACUCCGGAAGAGAUCCUGGCUCGGAUCGGGAGUGGGAAGUUUUCCCUGACGGGCGGUUACUGGAACUCGGUCUCAGCCGAGGCAAAGGACCUGGUGUCUAAGAUGCUGCACGUGGACCCUCAUCAGAGGCUAAGUGCAGCUCAGGUGCUACGACACCCCUGGAUCGUCCAUAAGGACCAGCUGCCCAAGUACCAGCUCAACAGACAAGACGCUCCACACUUAGUCAAGGGGGCAAUGGCAGCCACAUAUUCUGCCCUCAACAGGAACAUCACUCCAGUUCUAGACCCUGUGGGUUGUUCCACUCUUGCUCAGCGUAGGGGGGUCAAGAAACUCACCUCCACAGCCCUCUGAGCCGCCCACCCCCACCAUCCUACUGGACUCUCCCUCCCUAACCUCUCUCCAGGUGUAAGCUGGGCACAGCCACUGAACCGGACCUGAAGGCUACCGGACGCUACUGCACAUCUCCCGCCCCCGAUGCUAAACAGAGCCCGAACAGAAGCCCAUUUGUCUCGACCCGACUCCCUCUUGCCUGCCUGUAACCCAAGAGAGCGCAAAAAGCCCUCGCUUAGAGUCACUACUGCCUCCAGCCAUCAGGCAAACAGCAUCAGGAAGUGUCUCAGAGGCGGAGAGAGCAGUUAGCUAUAUAUGCACAUCGUAAACCCUGCACCACAUACAUCUGGAGGUUAAUGUAUAAUGCAAAUAUAUGAUUGUAUUGAUGGUGACCUCACCAUGCAAAGCACAUGUGCCCCUUGUUGGAGCAGGAUUAUUUAGGCUGAGCUGAAUGAGGCCGAUGCUGGAAGCGUUGCUUUGGGGGCUUGAUUGUAACACUCCUCUGCGGUCAGGGCUCCACUCCUCCUGCUCCUUAGCGUCGUCUUUAGUCCACCUUGCCUCCGUGGGGCUCCGUUACCAAUCAGAAAACAGACCUGAGCACUUACAGUGGCCGGCAACAUGUGUUAGAAUUCAGGCUUGUGAAGACUCCCUAAUGUAGACCCUUUCCCUGCUGUCUGCUACGAGGAGGGGGCUGCCCGUGAAAGGAGCACAUCGCCGUCAGCUCUGCCAGCCCCUGUAGAAAGACACUGACAACUGGAAGACUGAGAGAAAGGCCAGAAACCAAUGACCCCCCCCCCCCCCCCCAAUGGUCAGCUGUACAGUGGACUGAAGUGGACGCAUGGAGGAAGUGCGUCAUUCUAAUCCUGUGAUGCAGAACUGGAUAUAUUCACAAACCAAGAGAACUCAGGUCUAUGUGAUAAAAUGCAAUGCAUUGUGUAACGGUGAAGAGACUCAAGCACACAGCAGUAUUGUCCAGCCCCUCUGCUGCUCUCUAUGUAUGUCAACAGUAGGGAUGGAAUCACUCAGUGACAGCAGAAUUACUUUUCAAGACAUAAAUGUAUUUUUAUAUAUGUGCAUGGAAUAGGUUGUAUAAUCAUUAGUGGCCAAGACGACGUGUGUAUGUAUGUAUGUAUGUAUGUAUGUGUAUAUAUGCAGAACUGAGGGUUUUUUAUGAUUUCUACUGUGUUCCAACAGGUGUGUGUGACAUACCCGUGUUAGCUGCGACAGGAGGGGUUGUGUUCUUUAUCCUUAGUCUCUCCUUACCUUGUACUGAGGACUGCUGGAAAACUAUUAUUGCUUCUUGUCUAGGAACGCUGCUACAGUUUGUCCCUCUUUUUUGUAAAUGUAGUAAAAAAAAUAA